ACCGGUUGGCGGUUGGCUGAAGGAUGAGGGCGAAGAGAGGCCGGAGCGGCGUUGAUGCGCGGUAGCGGCGCUGCUGUUGCUGCUGGCUGGCGGACGGGCGAGCGGAGGGUUUGUGCGGGGUUGUCACCCACCCAAGAUCCAUGGAGGCUCCGCUUCAGCGGGAAUCCCCGCGUCGUGUGCCGGAGACCCCUCCGCCAUCCCCGGGGCCGUCACCGCCGCUGCCUCCGCCGCCGCCGCCUUCCAACCUGCCGCUGCCGGGCAAACAGCAGCGGGAGGAAAAAAGAGCAGCUCUGAGUAAAGUAGUUAUACGCCGGCUACCUCCUAGCUUUACCAAGGAGCAGCUGGAGGAGCAGCUCCAUCCGCUUCCUGCACAUGAUUAUUUUGAAUUUUGUACCUCUGAUCCCAGUCUUUAUCCUCAUCUCUACUCAAGAGCAUAUAUUAAUUUUAGAAAUCCUGAUGACAUCCUUCUUUUUAGAGAUCGCUUUGAUGGCUAUGUCUUCAUAGAUAAUAAAGGAUUAGAAUAUCCUGCUGUUGUUGAAUUUGCACCCUUCCAAAAGAUUUCUAAAAAGAAGUUGAAGAAGAAAGAUGCAAAAGCUGGAAGCAUAGAAGAUGAUCCAGAAUAUAGAAAAUUUUUAGAAAGUUAUUGUGCUGAAGAAGAAAAAAUAUGCACCAACCCUGAGACUCUGCUGGGAGAAAUUGAGGCAAAAACAAGAGAGCUCAUUGCUAGAAGAACAACACCUCUUUUGGAAUACAUUAAAAAUAGAAAAUUAGAAAAACAGAGAGUCCGAGAAGAGAAAAGAGAAGAACGAAGGAGGAGAGAAUCCGAAAAGAAACGCCUAAGAGAAGAUGAGAAACGGAAGCGCAGAGAGGAAGAAAGGCGUAAAAGAAAAGAAGCUGAAAAGCAAAAGAAAAUGGCUGAAAAAGAAAUAAGGAUUAAGCUGCUUAAGAAACCUGAGAAAGGUGAUGAGCAAACUACAGAAAAGCACAGAGAAAAAGAAAAAGCUGACAUAGAAGAGAGCAAAUGGGAGAAAUCACCUGGGCAUGGCAGUAUAAAAUCAAAACCCCUGGAAAGUUCAUUCAAGGAACUUAAGGAAAAGUCACAAAAUGAUAGUGAUAAAGAACAAAGGGAUUCAGAGAGAAGAUUUCGUGAAAAAGAACCUGAAAGACAAAGGUAUAGAUUGGAUGAUAGCCGAAAGCACAGAACUCACUAUGAAUUUGACAAAUUUGUGAGAAGGAAUGAAGAUGAAGUGAAGUGGGGGAAAGGAUACAACCAAGAUCGAGGGAAGAAAGUGAACUACAACUACAGCUUCACUGUGGACACAGUAGACAAACUGGGUAAAGAGGACAAGUGUGAUGACAUGGCAUCCAAAAAGGAGCGCAUAAGAAAUAAGGAUCGACCAGCCAUGCAACUGUACCAGCCAGGAGUUCGCAUUCGAACACCUACGGGGUCUACAAGUAGGUCCUAUGACUGCACUGAAAAGUCUCCAGAAGAGGCUUAUGAUAGAAAGUAUGAGGCAGACAAUUCAACUGGAGGUGGUUCAGAGAAGAGUGAAGAGGCAGAAUAAAACAACAUGGACAGAAACUUCAGCAUUUAAGUGUCCCCACAGAAUAUUAUAUGCUCUCAGAAUUAGCCCAGCAUUACCAAGAAUUACUUUUUUUCUUUCGUUUUCUAGUAAUAAUUUAGGCCACAUUCAAUGUUACAUAAAGUUAAUGAGAAUAUGAUUGUUUCGUGAAAAAAUGAAAGAAUCUGUGAAUCAAAUGGGCCAAAUGAGAGGUGCAUUUUAUUCUGUUUCCAGCUGUGGAAGCACCUUUCAUCCCCACCAUGCACAUAGAUACAUAUUUGAUUGUAUGUUAUGAUAGCAAUAGCAUGAAUUUUAAAGGCUGUUUUUGCAUUGAUUUCAUUGUCAUGAUCACUGACAUGUUACUCAAUCAAAUAUGUAUUUCUGUGCAUCAUGAGAGGCGUGGUUCUCAUAGGCACAGGGCAUACUGUGAUUUGAGAUGUGAGAAGGGCAUUUAUGAUACAGUCUUAUUGGAUAUUACACUAGAAUUCAGGAUCUGUAAGCUUCUAGCAUAUUUUCAGGUUUGCGUUUUGUAUAACACAUUUCAGAAAAUAUCACACCUUUUCCACUCUAGAGGAAUUUUUUUUAAGCAUAUAUUUCCAUCAGUUUUAAUUGAGGCAUUUUACAUGUGUUCUAUAAAUUUCAUUAACUCACAGGUCCCUCCUAGCACAACGAGACCAUGAGAAUAAGGCAUUAUACAGAGUGUGAUUGUAUUUAUAUCGUGGGGAGGAAAAAAACCCACCAGUACCGUAGCCUGGUCCUGGAAGGAGUAAGUAGUUUAGUCCCAAUUUAGCAAGUGCAUUACUACAUAAAGAACUAUAAGCAACUAGUACCAUCUCUUCGUUGGAAUUACUCAUAUGCUUGUAAUUAAGGUAAUGUUUAAAUGAUUAUUACAGGGCACUACUCAACUCCCUGCAGGAUCAUGGGUGGUUAAAAUGCACAAUUGCAGGAUGAGGUUAAUAAUUUGCACAUUUAUGUCCAGCGUCAGUCCUUCAUUGCAUUUACAUUGGUUUUCAGGGGCAAAUUAGGCAGAAAGGCAGCAUGAUUGUUCUAUUAUAUUUGGGGUUGUGCCAAAUUCCAAUAAAGGAUGGUGGGAUGAUUUCAAACGCAGCAUUUGCUGGUGGGAUGGGAAUGCUAAACCUCUGCUUCUUCCAGCCAGAAGUGCCUCACCUGGGGGGAUAGAGCACAGCAAUAGCUUUCUAUCAGUGGUGUCACUGCCACUUACCAGAAGGGGACGGGCAAGGUAGUGGCAAGGAUGGGGCUGUGCAGGUGCACCCAAAGGAGUACUGGAUUGGCUCAGCUGCUGCAUCCACACAACCCAGCCUUACUGCUUUGCUCCUACUCCUCCCAGUAAGCAUCUGAGCAAGUCACUCCUGCCUCCCAACUGCUUUUCUUCCA